AUGGGCUUAUGUCAAGACGGAUGGCCAGACAGACAUGCUGACCAACCCUUGGCCGAUAGCCAAAAUCGCAUAGAGCGUCAAAUUCCAACUUUCAUUAACAUGGGUGCAGCAGCGAAUCGGUGCUGUGCCUCUGAACGUGACCGAGGCCAGAGAGGCCAGGAAGCCGAUAGACGAGUUCGCUUCGACGGGGAGGAUGCGCAAAUGACCUCGUCUGAGAAGGUCCAGGUUCUCAGACGUGCUAGUCGGAGUGACAGAGCCUCCACUGCGGCUGCGAGCAGGCCUCCUGAUCCAGCUCCGGGAUCUCAGGCCUCCACGGAAGCAGCCCAAGCGAGCCAAGGCGACGACUCGCGGGCGCGGGCUGAGGGUUGGACGAGAGUGCGGGCGCCCGUCGACGAGGUCAUGCAGGUGCUCUGCGAGGUAGGUGCCGGCGCUUGGUGGGGCAUGGGUGCGCAAGCAGAAGCUCGAACUUCCGCUGCGCGGCAGAAAGGAGCCAGACUGCUCAAGGCUGGCAUUAAGACUGGUGAGGUCAGCAAGCUGGUUGAUGCCAAGGAGGCCGAAGAGGCAGCCAAGACAGGCGCAACAACUGCGACCGGUGAGGAAGAGAACCUUUACGAAUUCUGA